UCGUUUACUUGCUGAUUGAGCUGUGUAUUCAUGGUUUAUGUCUGGGUAGAGAAGUAUAUUAAUUACGCAGUUUUAAUGAGAGUGAAAAGAGUAUUCUCCCUUAUCAAAUGGUUCUUGAUGUCCUCUGUCACGACAAUACAUUAGAAUCAGAUCACUUCCUUGUAAGUAAGAUUUGAAGAUCAACGAAAAUCAAGAUGGAGGUUUCCGGAAAGAGAGGUGACCCUGACCUUGACAAGGGCUCCGCAGACGCAACUGUCUACUGUCAGCCGUGUGAAGAGGGCGGGAAACGCGCUGUGGCCCGGGGAUACUGUCAGACCUGCGAGGAGUACAUGUGUGAUCCCUGCAUCGAGGCCCAUAAGAGGUUUAAGGUGUCUAGAAACCACAUUGUGUUGUCAAAAGAUAAGAUGCAUUCCUUCUACCCGUCCACCAAGCAGUCAGACAUCGGCGAAACGGAUUACUGUAAAACCCAUCCAAAGGAGAUGAUAAAGUUUUACUGCCCGACCCACGGCGACCUUGGCUGUGGUGAUUGUGUCCUACUCGACCAUCGCAGCUGUAAAGUCGAUUACAUCGCUAACGUUGCUAAAGAUUUUAUCAUUGGCAAUGAAAUCAGGGAGCUGGAACCAUCGAUUAAACGAGCUGAAGAUCUUCUAUCUGGGUCUAUCAGUAAUGUCAAUGAGCUUUUGGACGAGGUCGAAAACCAGUCUAAGGAUGAGAUCGCAAGAUUGAGGAAAUUCCGAGCAGAAAUCAACGCCUACCUGGACCGCCGCGAGAAGGAGUUGCUCGACAACAUCAAGAAAGUGAAGACCGAUAAUCAAAACGUUUUGCCUGCCUUUAAGAGUGACUGUGAGUCUGCGAAAUCGGGUCUUGAGGCCAUGAGGGCAGAAUUAUCGUCUGGUGACAUCUCGGUGAACCAAAGGUACGUGGCUGCGAGGCGAGCCGAGAAGGACUUACGGAAUAUUCUGGAUAAGAAAGAGCAGACGACAGGUCUGAUAAAGGCCCGAAAGUAUCGAUUUACUAAGGACCCGGACACGGAACGUCUUCUGGGAUCGAACAUGGGCCCGGGAACACUUGACGUUGCCGGAGAGUUUAAAGAUAUUCCAGUUCCUGACCUCUCUACUGUGACAUGGAAGAUGGGGGCGGAUAUCAACGUUAAAGCGACUCAGGACCAAACCUGCUGUAUCACGGGCUCCGCCGUACUCACUUCUGAUCUCUUACUCCUGGCUGACUGGAAUAACCAGAAUGUCAAACUUGUUAACGUCCCCGCCCGCACCGUCACGUCCUGCCUCCAGCUGCCAGGCAGCCCCUGGGACGUGUGUGUGCUCCAUGAUGGCCAGACCGCCGUCACUCUCCCGCAUAACUCCGUGAUUCAGCUGGUGUCUACAAAGCAAGGACAAUUGUCGUGUGGAAAGGAAAUAACAGUAUCACCUGAGUGUUAUGGUAUUACGUCUUACAGCAAUAGAUUAUACGUUUCGUACGUAUCAAACCCGCGUGUUGAAGUAAUGACAUUUGAUGGUCAUAUCAUAAGUACAUUCCAAACAGAUGAUGGAAGACAUCUAUUCCAAGCAUCAUAUUACUUGACUGUGUCAGCUUCAAUACCUCCGACCCUGUACGUGUCUGACCUCACUGCUCACACCGUUCUCCAGCUGUCCAUGGACGGGAAGGUCCUGCGUGAGAACCGAGACGAGCAGCUCGUCCGUCCCAGGUCCGUGGUGGAGGUAGGGCCUGGCCAGAUGGUCGUGUGUGGACUCGACAGCCACAACGUGAUGCUGCUGACAGAGAUGGAUGGCAAGAUGACGGAAAUACUGGAACAGGAAGACGGCCUUACCAAUCCCUACUCGGUGUCCUUCUGUCCUCACACUCGUGCCAUAGUUAUCGCGAUGUACAAUAGUGACUCACUGAAGAUAUUUAAUGCAAACUGACAUUUUUGUCUUGUCGUGAUUUUUUGUUUCUUUCAAAAAAAAAACUUUUGAGCAAUCAAUUGUUAAUACAAUAAAAAUUAGAUUUACAAAAUAUAAAAACAGGGUUUGGUUACAACUUGUUUUAUAUAAUUGAAAAGCUAUUAAACUUAAAUACAUGUACACAUAUCUUAUAAUUGUUCAACGUAUUUGGCAGUUUUGUAUAGCAAUUAAUUGUAUAAAGAAUCAGUGUAAAUAUUGAUGUUUUGUUCGACACGCUUCUGAUAAGAAUUGUUUUUGGUGUUUUUAAUUGUAUUGUUGUAACGAUAGAACUGUGAUUAUUUUCCUGGUUUUAAAGUUAAAAUUUUAUGUUUCACAUACUGUUUAACCAAGAUUUUGGAUUUAAAGGGUUUAAUUUCUCACUCAAAUUACAUACUUGUUAAAUAUAUUUAACCUGACAUCGCUCAAAGAUAUGAUAUCAGUUUACGUAAAUGCAAAUUAUUUUGAAUUCACUAUAAAAAGAAUAUUUUAAAUCGGAAUUCCCCUAAUGUAUGUUUUUCCAUUUAAAUGGAGAUGAAAAUGCAAAAUGUCUUUAUACUUUAAAAUUUGGGAAGGAACGAAUUUUACUACGAAAUAUUUUGUCUGUUUACUGUCUGUAUUGUUCAACUGGUUGUGUAUCUUAACCUUUUUAUAUUAAACGUUCAA